UUUUUUUUUUACCAUUUCCCCUCUCUCACCUGGUUUAAUUUUUCCACGUUUUUUAUGCAUGAGCAAUAAGUGGUCCCUACUCCCGACCAUUUCGACCCGACCCAUCUCACCUUUUCGGUUUAUAAAUACCCCAAUUGACCAAAUUUAACUUCUCCACUUCACUUUACUUCCCCUCCAACACCAGAGAGAGAGCCAAAACUCCAUUAAAAUAUCUCAUAAUCCUUCUCUCUUUAGCUUGUCCAACAAAAACUCCAACUCAAUUUCCCCAAUUUUACCGGGUCGGGUCCAAUUUUGUUCAUAGAUAUUAGCAAUUUAACAGAGAUUUUCUCCAAAACUCCCUAUAAACAUCAGAUAAUCCUUCACCCUCUAGCUCAAUUUCCCCAAUUUCGUCGGUUCGGGUCAAAUUUUCUCCAUAGAUAUCAACACAGAUUUUCUACACUCUCUCUAGCUCAAAAAUUCCCCCAAAUUUAUCGGGCCGGGUCGGAAAAAUGGGCGAUACAUACUGUUCAGACUGCAAAAGGAACACAGAGGUAGUCUCCGACCACGCAGCGGGAGAUACAGUUUGUUCGGAGUGUGGACUCGUACUGGAAUCGAGGUCAAUUGAUGAGAAAUCUGAGUGGCGUGUUUUUGCUGAUGAAUCUGGUGAUCAUGACCCGAAUCGUGUUGGUGGACCCGUUAACCCGUUACUUGGUGAUGUGGGUUUAUCUACUGUAAUUUCCAAAGGGCCGAAUGGGAGUAAUGGGGAUUCCUCUUUAGCUAGGUUGCAGAAUCGUGGUGGUGAUCCUGAACGUGCCCUAGUUAUGGCGUUUAAAGCCAUUGCCAACAUGGCUGAUAGGCUGAGCCUUGUUUCUACCAUAAAGGACCGAGCAAGUGAGAUAUACAAAAGGCUCGAAGACCAGAAGUGUACGAGAGGAAGGAAUCUGGAUGCCUUGGUGGCUGCUUGUAUUUACAUUGCGUGUCGACAAGAAGGCAAAGCACGCACUGUAAAAGAAAUAUGCUCAAUCGCCAAUGGAGCUACAAAGAAAGAAAUUGGCCGAGCAAAAGAGUUCAUUGUGAAACAAUUGAAGGUUGAAAUGGGAGAAUCAAUGGAGAUGGGGACUAUACAUGCUGGAGACUAUCUGAGACGUUUCUGUUCUAACAUUGGAAUGAACCAUGAAGAGAUUAAGGCUGUCCAGGAAACUGUCAAGAAGUCAGAAGAGUUUGAUAUCAGGAGGAGUCCUAUAUCAAUUGCUGCAGCUAUUAUAUACAUGCUAACACAGCUUACGGAUUCAAAGAAACCCCUCCGAGAUAUCUCACUUGCAACAACAGUUGCAGAAGGGACUAUCAAGAAUGCAUACAAGGAUCUCUAUCCACAUGCUUCUAAAAUAAUACCUGAGUGGUAUCUCAAGGACAAGGACCUUAAGAGCCUCUGCAGUCCCAAGGCUUAGAAGUUCGAUUUGGUUGCGCUACAGCACCCGCUGCGUUUGCUAAUCGUCCACCCUUUCCAAGUGUGAUUUCUAUGUUAUGUAUGGUCGCAAAUGCAGUGCCAAGAUGUAGAAGUUCUUAGUUUAGUUUUAUGCAGGACAACUAAUCUGCUGCUGUGAGGGCCUAAAUCUCCAAGAAAGUGCCCAGAAUAGAGAAACAAUCAGAUAGAUAUUGAAGUUACAAGGGCACUGUACUGUUGUGUAAUAUAUUGAUACCUGAGUUAUCAGAUUUUUUUUUUUUUUUUUCA